GAGAGCUGUCAUGCAGCCCGACUGGCUUGUAGUGCAGCAUCUCUCCGGCGAGCACAAAGGAGCGGCUCCUAUGCCUCCGAUCAUUAAUAAGUACGCCUGGAAUAUUAUUCAGAAACCACCAAACGUCUUGAGUCCAUUAUAGCUUACCAGAAAGCCAUACAGCCGAAUCAGACAGAUAUUUCACCACGGAGAGUUUGCAGGACUUCAGAAUGGUUUUAACAUUGUGCGUUUCUGGGCUCUGAGGUACGGCAGUGGUGCAGCUCCAUGAUUGGAUACAUUGUUCUGCGAUGACUUAAAAAAGGAGAAGGAAAUGGAGAAGAAGAAACCAUGUUCCCGGCUGCUGGACUACCUGGUGGUGGUAGGGGCAAGGCAGCCCAGCAGUGACAGCGUGGCUCAGACCCCCCAGCUACUGAGGCGCUACCCCCUGGAGGACCAUGCUGAUUUCGCCCUGCCUCCUGACGUUGUAUUUUUCUGCCAGCCCGAAGGCUGCCUGAGCAUGCGGCAGAAGCGCAUGCGGCAGAAGCGCAUGAGCCUGCGCGACGACACCUCCUUCGUGUUCAUGCUUACCGACAAGGACUCUGGGGUCACUCGCUAUGGCAUCUGUGUCAACUUCUACCGCUCCUUUCAGAGGUGCUUCCGCAAGGCGGACAGAGCCGAGGGCCAUCGUGGCCGCGAGAAGUGCCCCAAGGGGGCCUCCGGGCCAGCAGAUGGCGCCGAAGCAGGACACGAAGGCGAGGUCACAGAGAGUGGCGCGCUGCCUCUGGGUGCCGAGCCCAGCCAGGGCAGGCGGAGAUCCAGGAUGGGCUCAAAAAGCCGCAACAGCACCCUCACCUCCCUGUGUAUAGUCAGCCACUACCCCUUCUUCUCCACCUUCAGGGACUGCCUUUACAUCCUCAAGAGGCUGGUGGACUGCUGCAGCGAGCGGCUUUCCAAGAAGCCCGGCAUCCCCAAGGCCAUUCAGAGGGACACGAUGUGGCGCGUGUUCACCGGUGCCCUGACGCUGGAGGAGAGCAGCGGGGUGCUGCUGCAGGACCUCCGCGAGAUCGAGGCCUGGGUGUACCGACUGCUGCGCGCCCCCGUGCCGACGGCGGGCCAGCAGCGCGCGGACGUGGAGGUUCUGCCCCGCGACAUGCAGCCCGCCCUCACCUUCGCCCUGCCCGACUCGUCCCGCUUUACCAUGGUGGACUUUCCCCUGCACCUGCCCCUGGAGCUGCUGGGGGUGGAUGCCUGCCUGCAGGUUCUCUCUUGCAUCCUGCUGGAGCACAAGGUGGUCCUCCAAUCCCGCGACUACAACGCCCUGUCCAUGAGCGUGAUGGCCUUAGUCGCCAUGAUCUACCCCAUGGAGUACAUGUUUCCCGUCAUCCCGCUGCUGCCCACUUGCAUGGCAUCAGCUGAGCAGCUUCUCCUUGCCCCCACCCCGUACAUCAUUGGGGUUCCAGCCAGCUUUUUCCUGUACAAAUCGGACUUCAAGAUGCCAGACGAUGUGUGGCUGGUGGACCUGGACUGCAAUAAGGUGAUCGUGCCGAGCAACGCUGAGAACCUGCCGGAGUUACCGGAGCCAGAGGCCAACGAGCUGAAGAAGCACCUGAAGCAGGCUUUAGCCAGCAUGAGCCUCAACACCCAGCCCAUUCUCAACCUGGAGAAAUUCCACGAAGGUCAGGAGGUCCCCGUGCGGCCUGGUGCAGGAAGCGCACCCACCCCCUCCACUGAGUUCAACCCUCUCAUCUACGGGAACGACGUAGAUUCUGUGGACAUUGCUACCAGGGUUGCCAUGGUGAGGUUCUUCAACUCCCCCAACGUGCUGCACGGCUUCCAGAUGCACACGCGCACCCUGCGCCUCUUCCCUCGGCCCGUGGUGGCCUUCCAGGCCACCUCCUUCCUGGCCUCGCGACCUCGCCAGUCCUCCUUCACCGAGAAGCUGUCCCGCACGCAGGCGGUGGAGUACUUUGGCGAGUGGUCUCUCAGCCCCACCAACCAGGCGUUCCAGAGGAUUCACAACAAUGUGUUUGACCCUUCCCUGAUCGGGGACAAGCCCAAGUGGUUUGCCCACCAGCUGCAGCCCAUCUACUACCGCGUCUACGACGGGAACUCCAAGCUGUCCCAGGCUCUGAGCGAGCCCAGCGAGGUGGAGCAGGGGAACGACGAUGACUUCGACCCCUCUGAUGUCAGUGACAGUGACAGCGGGGACUACGAUGACUCCAGCUCCUCCUACUCUUCACUCGGGGACUUUGUCAGCGAAAUGAUUAAGUGUGACAUCCAAGGGGACAUGCAGAAUGUGGACCCGCCCAGCCACGCUGCCCUCGGGGACGCCAGCGAGGUGGAGAUCCAGGACUUCCAGGAAGGGCGGGGGGAUGGGCCAGAUCUGCCCCAGGAGGCAGACGGCUCUCUCGACACCCAGCAACCCAAAUCCAGCUCCAGCACCACCACCAACUCCAGCCCCAGCACAAUCAUCCAGAGCGCCAACCAUGGAGAGCCAGUGGGCGUGGAGGAUCCAGCUGGAGGGGCGCCUCAGAACCGCUUCCCGGGCCUGGGGGCACAGCCCUCCCCCAGGACGGGCCCCGAGCAGCGGGAGGGCGAGCCAGGGCCCCCGCGGGGCCCAUCAGACCCUGCUGGCCCCAGGAAGGAGUAUGAUAAUCCCUACUUUGAGCCGCAGUACGGCUUCCCCCCCGAGGACGACGCGGGGCGUGUGGAAGAGCAGGGGGAGAGCUACACCCCCAACUUCAACCAGAGCAUCACCGGAAACAAGGCGCAGAAGCCCCUACGGCCCAACAGCCUGAAGCUUCCUGGGGACUCCGACGGCGAGUCCGAUUCCCGGGGCAGUACGCCCAACUCCAACGUGUCCAACACCAGCAACGAGGGCUUGGGCAGCCUCAUGUCCUUCGCUAGUAACCUCUACAAGAACCACGGCACCAGCUUCAGCCUGUCCAACCUGAGUUUGCCCAACAAGGCGGCCCGAGACAAGGCCACCCCUUUCCCCAGCAUCAAAGUAUUUGGGCUAAAUUCUCUAAUGGAGAUAAUAUCAGAAGCCGGCCCAGCGAGCGGCGAAGGCAGUCGGCCAGCGAGAGCCCUGGUGGACCAGAAGUCCUCGGUUAUUAAGCACAGCCCGACGGUGAAGAGAGAGUCUCCUUCUCCCCAGGGGCGAGCAAACAACACCAGCGAGAACCAGCAGUUCCUGAAGGAGGUGGUGCAGAGCGUCCUGGAGGGCCAGGGCGUGGGCUGGCUCAACAUGAAGAAAGUGCGCCGCCUGCUGGAGAACGAGCAGCUGCGCGUCUUUGUGCUGAGCAAGCUGAACAGGGCCGUCCAGUCGGAGGAGGACGCCAGGCAGGGAGUCGUCCGUGACGUGGAAAUCAGCCGGAAGAUGUACAAGGGGAUGCUGGAUCUGCUGAAAUGCGCCGUGUCCAGCCUGGAGCAGUCGUACACCAACGCCGGGCUGGGGGGCAUGGCCAGCGUCUUCAGCCUGCUGGAAAUCGCACGCACGCACUACCAGACCAAAGAACUUCCCUUUCCAGCUUCUGCCCCCCUCCUGUCCCACCUUCCUUCCCUCUCACUGUCCGCUCUGUCCCCUGAAGAGGCCGAGAAGCGCAAACGGAGCCCCAUGCAGGGCGGGGGGGGCGGCAGCAGCCCGGGCAGUAAGGCGAGCCCCACCCCUAAGGGCGAGAGCACCAGGCCCGCGGCUCCACUGCUGGUACCCCGCCUGCAGCUUCACCCCCCCGUCAGCCCCACCGGCAAGGGCUCCCGCCAGUUUGACACCCGCAGUCUGAACGAGGAGAAUUUUAUCGCCUCCAUUGAAUUGUGGAGCAAGCACCAAGAAAAGAGAAAGCAAAAAGCUAUGGGACAACAGAGUAAGACAUUUCACAUAAGAAGACUGGGGUCUCAUUUGCUGACUUCACACACAAACCCUCCUACCUCUUACUCUACACACAACUACUGGGAAGAAGGGGCAAAGAAAGCCUCUGAUGCUGGGGACACAGAGGAGAAAAAGUCUCAGAUUAGUGCUGACAGUGGGCUGGGCUGCAGCUCUGGAUCGCAGAAGAGCGAUUCUGAAAGUAUGACCAGCUCUGAGCCACCUGCCCUGACCCGGAGUGCCAGUCAGGACUCGGAGGCCAGUACAGUGGUCAGCAACAGCUCCGGGGAGACACUGGGAGCAGACAGUGACCUGAGCAGCAAUGCUGGGGACGGCCCGUCCAGCAAGCUGGCCCCCCACCUCGCCGUGUCCCGAGGGACGCUGUCUGAUAGCGAGAUAGAGACCAACCCGGCCACUAGUGCAGUCUUUGGAAAGAGCCACACGCUAAAGCCAAGGCUGAAGGAGCCCAAGGGCGGUUCUUCUGUGCCUCUUGAGGACAUCAGCAGGAGGAUUUACCUCUCAGAAGGCCUCUUAGGCCGUGACAAGAGCUCUGUGUGGGACCAGCUGGAGGAUGCGGCUAUGGAGACCUUUUCUCUGAGCAAAGAGCGCUCCACUCUGUGGGACCAGGUGCAGUUCUGGGAGGACGCCUUCCUGGAUGCAGUCAUGCUGGAGAGGGAAGGGAUGGGCAUGGACCAGGGCCCGCAGGAGAUGAUUGACAGGUACCUGUCACUGGGCGACCAUGACCGCAAGCGACUGGAGGAUGACGAGGACCGGCUCCUGGCCACCCUGCUGCACAACAUGAUAGCAUACAUGCUCAUGAUGAAGGUAAAUAAGAAUGACAUCAGGAAAAAAGUGAGACGUCUGAUGGGGAAGAGUCACAUCGGUCUGACCUACAGCCAGGAGAUCAAUGAGAUUUUGGACCAGCUUGCUGACCUGAAUGGGCGGGAGCUGUCAAUCAAGCCCAGCGGUAGUCGUCACAUCAAGAAACAAACGUUUGUAGUACAUGCUGGGACAGAUACCACAGGAGAUAUAUUCUUCAUGGAGGUGUGCGACGACUGCAUCGUCCUGCGCAGCAACAUCGGCACCGUGUACGAGCGCUGGUGGUACGAGAAACUCAUCAACAUGACUUAUUGCCCCAAGACUAAAGUCCUGUGUCUCUGGAGACGCAACGGCCAGGAAACACAGCUCAACAAGUUCUACACCAAGAAGUGCCGGGAGCUGUACUACUGUGUUAAGGACAGCAUGGAACGUGCUGCUGCCCGGCAACAGAGCAUUAAGCCUGGUCCAGAGUUAGGCGGGGAGUUUCCCGUCCAGGACAUGAAAACGGGAGAAGGUGGACUGUUGCAGGUCACACUGGAGGGCAUCAACCUCAAGUUCAUGCACAGCCAGGUUUUCAUAGAGCUGAAUCACAUUAAAAAGUGCAAUACUGUCAAAGGAGUCUUUGUCCUGGAGGAAUUUGUUCCUGAAACUAAAGAAGUGGUGAUCCACAAGUACAAGACACCUAUGGCACACCAGAUCUGCUACUCCGUCCUGUGUCUCUUCUCCUACAUGGCUGCCGUCCAGGGGAAAGAGGUGGAAGGCAAGCCUAGGGCUCUGUCACCUAGGCCGCUGCCCAGCUAAUCCGCAGUAUGUGUUCGUCUCCACCAGGGGGCAUCUGUUACCGCGUUAUGCCUGGUCUCCUUUCUUGUCUUGGCUUCCGUUUGAUUCCCUCCUUUUCAAGCAUAUCAUGGAAUGUGCUUGUUUUUUUCCCCUCCUCUCCCUCUUUGUUUUCCUUCUGAUUAGAUAAAAAUGGCAAGGCUGAAGUUAUUUCUUUGUAGGGCAAAAAAUCGAAGUAAAACAAAGCUGUAAUGUGAAAAAUCAGUUGAACAUAGUUAUGGCUUGUAAGCAGUCUAGAUCACAAUAUUUCAGGAUAUUUAAGACUAAUUCCUGCUUAAUGUAAUUUAAUGUUAUACGUAAUGUAAUGAUAUGGUGUCACAUUACACCCAGAGUGUUGUAUAACUGUUAUACUAAAUGGUAUUAAACUGCUCGGCCUCAAACCCUGAAAUGUUUUAAAGCGCAGUGGUCGCAUGCUGUAGUACCCUUAAAAAUUUCUAGAAAAAUUUUACGCAUAGCUCACAGAGGAUAGAUAUGCAAUCCAGAUUCCCCCGUGAUGUUAUGUGAUGAGAAAAUUAUAAUGAAAAUUAUAUCAUUGAGGUUUGUUGUUUGUUUUGUGUUUGUGUGUGUGUGUGUUUUUUUGUGUGUGUCUGUGUGUGUGUGUGUGAGAGAGAGAGAGAGAGAGAUACUUUGUCUAAUCAGAGGUUACUCUGCUGUACUAUUUGUAAUUUAUUUGUGUGUAGUUAAAUAUGUUGGAUUGCAUGUUACAACGAUCUUAUAUUAGCAUUCCCAUGACUGUCAGCCGCAUUGAUUCGCUUGUUUCUCUUGUCAUGCCCUGGAUCAAGGUGUAAUCAAAUUGAGGUUGGGAAUGUGCACUACAUUUGGGUUUAACAGCAAAAUCCAAGCUGUAUGUAUACAAGUUGUAUGUAUAAAUGACUGAUUGUGAAUGUGAAAAUGACUAUUUAUAAAAGAGGAAUAGCUGUAUACAUUUCUGCUUGGUAUUCAUUGUUUUUGUUUCUUUGAGUGCUGAAGUUUCUUUUGCCUGUUUCACCCCUGGAUGGAUUAUGUGUUUUUGUUUGGGUUUGCAUUUUGGAAUUUUCACCCCUUGAUAAUGCGUGUACCUCUUCAGUACGUUUAAUAAUAGAAAGGUUUGUGUUAGAUAUGUCUUAAAGAGAAACAUUUGUAAAUACUGCAACUACAAGUAACUGAUUAGAGGCCAUGAAGCUUCAGAACAGUUUGGUGGGGGGCCUGAAUGAUAUUUAUUAUAGGAAAUGAUUUAAAAAUUGUCUGACCUGUGUUUGGGUGUCUGAUUUCUGCUGCUGUAAUGAUUUUUUUCGGGGGGGAUAGGGGGCCACUGGGUGUAAAUAUUUCAGUGUAAAAGUAUUUAUAGAACUUGUACAGCUUUGGCUAUAUGAAAAUAAACUAUGUCCAACCAGAA